UAUAAAAAACAACAACAGCAUAAAUAAUAACAUAAUAGAAGAGCACAUCAAAUCAUUCAGUCAACAUUGAGCAUAAUUUAGGUUGCCAGGAAACCGCUGUCACAGCAUCCGUUAAAGCCACAGUUUUGUCAACUCUGAUGGUCAUUUUGAGGACAAAAACGUUGCGCUUUGUUCACUGCUGCCCCUCGAGGAGUUCGAGCCAAUCCGAACGUACCAAAAUCAUGAGUCACACGGAGUUGUCGUGUAUUACCGCAUCCUGUUCUGAGAGAGAGACAGACAGCCGUCGGGCGAGAGCAGCUGCUAUGACAGGGGUGGGGGCAGAGGAUGAUAUCCCUCUCUGUGAGAGGAAAACCGUCACAGACUUCUGCUAUCUCCUGGACAAGUCCAAACAGCUUUUCAAUGGCUUGAGGGAUCUGCCUCAGUAUGGACACAAACAGUGGCAGUCUUAUUUUGGCCGAACCUUUGACGUAUACACCAAGCUGUGGAAGUUUCAGCAGCAGCACAGACAGGUUCUGGACAACCGGUAUGGUCUCAAGAGGUGGCAGAUUGGCGAGGUUGCCUCAAAAAUUGGCCAGCUGUACUACCAUUACUACCUCCGCACCUCAGAAACGAGCUACCUAAAUGAAGCCUUUUCUUUCUAUUCGGCCAUUCGUCAACGAUCAUACUACCACCAAGUCAACAAAGAAGACAGGCCGGAGCUUGUGGUAAAAAAGCUGAGGUAUUAUGCUCGCUUUAUCGUUGUUUGUCUGUUGCUAAACAAGAUGGAGCUGGUUAAAGUGUUGGUCAAGGAGCUUUCAGAGGAGAUUGAAGACUACACCCAACGCUUCAACACAGAGGACCAGCUAGAGUGGAACCUGGUGCUGCAGGAGGUGGCUGCUUUUGUGGAGGCAGAUCCACUUAUGAUCCUAAAUGAUGACAAUGCUGUGGUAGUCAUAUCCAAUCGGCUGCAGGAGGGGGGCAUGCCCCUGCUUGAACAGGGCAUGGUGGUGGGCCAGCUCACCUUGGCAGAUGCGCUCAUCAUUGGAAACUGUAACAAUCAGGUGAAAUUUAGUGAGCUGACCAUCGAUAUGUUUCGAAUGCUUCAAGCCCUUGAACGCGAACCAGUCAACCUGGCCACGCAAAGCUCCAAGCCAGGGACACUUGUAAGAGAAGACUCUUACACUCUCCCUGUCACUCUCUAUGAGCCCAAUGAAAAGCCAGCCAAGAGAGAGAAUCCUCAUAAAUAUCUACUCUACAAACCAACCUUCAGCCAGCUUUACACUUUCCUGUCUGCCUCCUUCAAGGAGCUGCCAGCCAAUAGUGUUCUGCUGGUGUAUCUAUCUGCCACUGGAGUUUUCCCCACUGGACGCUCAGACUGUGAAGGACCGUAUGACUUUGGUGGUGUCCUGACCAAUACUAAUCGAGAUGUGAUAAAUGGGGAGACGGUGCAGAAGAGAAACCAGGCACAAAAAGAGAUGCACUGCCUACACCCAGGAGACCUAUUCCCCUUCACCAGGAAACCUCUGUUUAUCAUUGUCGACUCAUCCAACAGCACAGCUUAUAAGAAUUUCUCUAAUUUAUUCGGCCAGCCGCUGGUAUGCCUGCUGUCUCCGACAGUAUAUCCGAAGAGCAUGCAAGACCAGUCUCAGCGUGGGAGUCUGUUUACUCUCUUCCUCUACAACCCCCUCAUGGGCUUCCUGUCUGUCUGUGGACUGACCAGCAUGCGCUAUGGAUUGUGGGAAAAGGCCCAGGAACACCUGCGGAAGCUUUUCCAUGACAUUGGCCAGAUGAUCACCAGUUCUCGAGUCGUAGAUCAAGCCUACCUGCAGUUUUAUGGAGAUGAGUUUCUGCGUCUGCUGAUGAUCCGUUUCGUGUUCUGCUGCAUCACGCUCAGAUUACACAAGCUUUUCCGGGAAACAAGGAGUUUUCCAGAAUCGUACCCUCCGCUGCCUAAACAGGAGAUGAUGGAGAGCAGCCUACUACAGAAACAUGUACUCGAGCUGGCAGCCAUGUUGGAUGUGCAAAAUCUCUUCUGUGAUGGCAUGUUGGAUAACUAUUGACCACUUGGUGGCACCAUGCCAACUUGCAGACACACACACACACACACACACACACACACACACACACACACACACACACACACACACACACACAGAGAGGCUCAUGCGUCGCAUACACAAAUUGUAGGUAGUUUCUUCUGAAUAAACUUGCUGGUUCUUAAACCUUUAAACAUUUAGAUCUGGAUAGUUUAAUAACUAUUCAUGGGAAAUGUCUCAUCUUUGUGGGCAGAUAUUUACAGUUUGUCAAGUUCACAUCUAUUUCUAGAUUUUAAGGAACUACACGCACCCAGAUGUAAGCAUAGCUCCCGACAUACAGGAGAACACAUUGAUUAAAGUCAUGCAUGAACUGUAUGGUUAUAUGCUCGUUCAGACCUGUUGAGGGCAGCUAUCGCAGUUUCUGAAGGUGUUUAGAAAGCACAAAAUAACAAGAGUUAUUAAGGCCAAUAACAGAUUGAGAGAGGAAAAAACUGGGGAAAUAUUUUUUAUGUUAGUUGACAUAAAAAUAGUGAGAUUCAAAAGUUUUAAGAUGAGUCUAAGGCUCUGGCAAAACACAUUUUGGAGAAGGAAGCUUCUCAACACAUUUGCCUCUUCAAGGUUUACACAACUUUUACAUCGGGAGCAUGCUGCAUGUUUGCAUAUAUUUGCUCCGAUGUUCUGAUGUUUAAAAAAAAAAAAAAGUUUUGCCUUUUUGUUUGUUUUUGUUAAUUGAAAUUUACGUUUUUUUCCGUCUUAGACAAAUUUCUGUGGACUUGAGCUUGGGCUUUUGAAGGAGGUUCACUGUGCUGUGCCUCUUUUUUGUUAUUUCAGUCAUCAGCUAACUGAUCCUUAAUUAAUUGCUAUGCUGCAAACUGGAUCUCCGUUUUAAUCAACAGUUUUUUCAGAAGAGAUUCUUUUUUAGCAUGCCUCAGAAGUGUGGUAAGCCCAUACUUGCAUAGCUGAUGUAAAAACCUAAUGUCUAAUUCCAUGUGUGCAGUGGACACGAUAAGCCAACGAAGUUCUCUUUUAAUAAGGUCACAGAGACGUACAGGCUAAUAUUCCUGUAAAUAGGUAAAACAAAAAAAGAAAAAAAGUGUGUGUGUGUGUGUAUAUAUAUAUAUAUAUAUAUAUAUAUAUAUAUAUAUAUAUAUAUAUAUAUAUAUAUAAAUAUAUACAGUAUGUGUAUAGUUAAAUAAGAAGUUAAUGUGAUGCAGAGACGCGUGUCUGUCUGGGUUUUUUAUCGUGGCAGAUCUGUGAAAAGAUAACCCUCUGCAUGUGACAGGGGCAGUGUUCUUUUGUCUAAUCUGUGAACCGACCAUGCCACUGUCUCAACUGUGUGCAAUCCCUGCUAUUUUACAAAAGUGCAGUCAGCUGACAUUCCAAGGAUCACUGGCAAAAGAGAGUCUGGUGGAACCGCUGUGUCCCUCCUUCACAAUCCAUCUGUCUAAAGGACAAGUACACUGCGACAGUCUAAUACGAAGUGAUGUGGUCAGUGUUUCGUUUGUUUCAUUCCGUCAUGAUGAUAUUGAUAAUUAUGAUGAUAACGGUUACAAUAAUAGCCUUGCACUUUACUUGCACUAUUUAAUUUUCUGAUGUUAUUUAUUGUGCUGUUGGAAAGAGGCAUGUCUGAUCAUUCCAUUAUGUCACACUUGAUUGAGAGUGGCAAGUAACUCAUUCCUUUCUUUAUACUUAAAAAUGGCACACAUUCAGGCUUUGAUCCUUGAUGAGACAGUGAUUUUUCAAAGUUUACCAACUAUCCGACUCCCUGAACUACAAGUUUGAUCAUGGCCAGGAAAAUGGGACCAAAAUAUUCUUGCAUGUGAGAGCACAAGGUCCCAUAAACUAUUCUCUUCUGUAGUCCAGCAACUCAAUCCUUGUCAUUGAAUCAUGCUUUUAUUUUUGCACGUUUGCAAGUCUUGUCCGAAACAUUGCUUGUGACACAAAGAUCACUUCUUCCACUAACUUAUUUUUAGAAUAAUCCCAUUUCAAUAAAAAAGUGAGACGUUUGCUUAUGUUUGCUGAACAAAUCACUGCCAAACAAAAUCAACUUACACAUGGAAAUUCCACUGCCCAAAUUAUGCAGACAGGCACAAAUUGUUUCAUGGCCUUUUUUACUAUGCCUUUUUAGUUCACCAAAAGGAGAAGGGCUGGAUAGAGACGAGGAGAGAAACAGAUGGUGGAUGUCCCAUCUAGUUUUUUUUUUUUUACCUUGACUGGUUGGCUGUCAAAUGUUUUUGCCUUUCUUUUAUUUCACUUGUAAGUAUGGUUGUAUAAGUGGGUUUAUUUAGUUGAUUAACCUUCCCAAAUUCAUAUACAUUAGCCUUGUAAAUUCUUGCUGAUACUGACCCUUUAUAGUGCUGUAUUCACUCUACACCAUUAAGCUGAGAGCACAGGGGUGAAUACAGACUAUAAGCACUUAUGCAUGAAAUAUACCGCAACAAAAAAUCUACCAACCUAAAAUUUAGGGGAAAUUGCAAUGCCCUUUUUUGAUAUAUAAACAUAAUUUUAAUUGUUUUGUUACCAAGACAAUAAUCAAUUGGCCACAAGACAUUUCUGUAAAGAUGUAAAUGCAUUGGUGGCCAUUAUUUGAAGGAACAGAAAGAAAAUAAACUUGUUUUCUAUUAUAAACAUAGUUUGUGAGGCCAGAUCUAAGGUGUAGUACGGGGAUUUCUACCAGUUCCUACUGUUGUGGGAGGGAACAUUUUCAAGAGAUGUAAUGGUCAGAAUACUCUUUCUUUAUAAGUUAAGGGGUUCUAGAGUUGCUAGUUGAACAUACUUGCAUUGUCAUGUGUUUUUAAUCACUUAACUGUUUUGUCUUAUCUGUUGCCAAAUUAUAUUUGAUGUUUGUUGUUAAAUGCAGAAAAAAAAAGAACAAGGAAAAAAAUGUGAUACCAAAACAUGCAAGCUUUUUGUUUCUAAGAAUGCUAUUUAAGAACAUUAAAAAAAGUGUUUUGCUUAA